AUGUCAUCCUCGCCAGUCCCCCUCCUCAAACCGCCUGUGCCGGGUAAUCGCAGCAAUGGCAGCAGUCCUCGACCCCCCAAACUCACCCUGGGCAUUCCCCCUUCUCCCAACGCUCGUCCCGUCACAGGAAACGGUCUUCCGACCACUGGAGCGCCUCCGCCGACCGAGGUUCCUCAGCUGCAGCGGCCGGCUGCCCGCCCAGCUCCUCCCCAGCUGCGCCUCGCUACUCCCAUGGGUAGCACUCAAUCCAUUCCCCAGGUUAAACCCCGACCGGCUCCUCCACCUUUGGCGACCAGCGGCCUGAACGAACCAAAUGGACACUCUCGAACGGGCAGCUUUACCUAUCUCGACGGGAAGGCCAGUGGGCCGGCCUCCGCUUCCUCCUCCAACUAUUCCGCGUUAUCGUUCGCUAUGGGGCUCCGACAGCCACAUGGCAGCACCCCCGAUCCAUCAUCUGCGAUCAGUUCAGUUUAUUCCGACCGGGAAGGUGGCAUGUCAAUGGAGCGGGACAGCAGCGUCAACAACUUGAUCCCGGAUCUGGAUAAGCUGAGCUUGGAGAAGGGCAGGCCCCUCGACGUAGACGACCUGGAUGAUGAGGGCUGGCUCGCAGCCAGUGAACAGAAGAAGAUCGUGGAGCUGGGUAGUCUGGGUGAAGGCGCGGGAGGUGCUGUGACUCGUUGCAAGCUCAGAGAAGGAAAGACCGUCUUUGCUCUGAAGAUCAUCACAACCGAUCCCAACCCCGACGUCAAAAAACAGAUCGUUCGCGAACUCAAUUUCAACAAAGACUGUGCCUCGGAACACAUCUGUCGCUACUAUGGUGCAUUCAUGGACAAGUCCACAGGAACGAUCUCGAUCGCAAUGGAAUUCUGCGAAGGUGGCAGUUUGGACAGCAUCUACAAGGAAGUCAAAAAGCUGGGAGGUCGGACAGGAGAAAAGGUGCUGGGCAAGGUCGCCGAAGGCGUCCUAAACGGCUUAACCUAUCUCCACAGCCGAAAGAUCAUCCAUCGAGACAUCAAGCCGUCCAACAUUCUUCUUUGCCGAAACGGUCAAGUCAAGCUUUGCGAUUUCGGUGUCAGUGGAGAGUUCGGUACCAAGGGCGAUGCGAACACCUUUAUCGGUACAUCGUACUACAUGGCGCCUGAGCGGAUCACUGGACAGUCGUACACGAUUACAUCGGAUGUCUGGUCUUUGGGCGUAACUUUGCUUGAGGUUGCCCAGCAUCGCUUCCCCUUCCCAGCUGAUGGGACGGAGAUGCAACCCCGGGCCGGUCUGAUUGAUCUUCUAACCUACAUUGUCCGUCAACCAAUCCCAAAGUUGAAAGACGAGCCCGACAAUGGCAUCCGGUGGUCAGACAACUUCAAGUACUUCAUCGAGUGCUGUCUGGAGAAAGAACCUCCACGACGAGCGACUCCAUGGCGGAUGCUGGAUCAUCCCUGGAUGCUGGACAUGAAGAACAAGAAGGUCAACAUGGCCAAUUUUGUGAAGCAGGUGUGGGAUUGGAAAGAAUAG